AUGCAGACAGGGCUGCGGAGCGCGGCGGCAGCCCACCCCGGAGGCGCAGGGGUGGCGGUGCUGGGAGACGCCAAGAAGCCCUCCCCCGGCCCUGGCAGGAACGGGAGCACGUGGGCCUGGGAGAAUGGCGCCGAAAAGCCAGACUCCAAACUGGGGACGAGGACGGCCGCGGUGGCUGCCAAGAUCCUCAACACCUCCCUGCCCGACUCGCCCGGGAGAGAGCUCCUAAGCCGCACACGCACCUUCCGGGGAGGCGUGCGCGCGCGCGCGCGCAUGCGGAGGCAAGAGCCGGAAGUUCCCCUGAGAACGGGCCUUCCCGCGAAAACCGCCGGCCGGAACUGCCAGGAGGUCCCGCCUCCCGGCGGAACUCCGGGUUGCCGGGCAACCGCGGUGGGAGACGCAGGCUGGCUCAGUGUUCCGUGGGGCAAGCCGAGUGUAGCUCCCACCUCCUGUCCUGGCAACUUCCUUUCCCGGCCGCCUUCCUUCUUGCCGCCUCUCCUUGCGUCGGGGAAUCCCUGCCCUUGGCAAUACGUACACCUCUCCGGCUCCCAAGACCGCUUAGCGCCCACCUGCUUGAAAGCCGGUAUUCACCCGAAGCGGAGCGACCUGGCCCCGGGCGUGGCCUCCACGCUGACCGACCGCACCCGCUUGGCCAUGGGCACCUACACCUACACCUACACCAGCCGGCCUCGGGCCCUGCCCUGCCAGCGCCGCCGUUACCGGGACCACCUGAUGCAGCUUGCUGAAGAGCCUGUGCAUCAUGGAAACAUAAUGUAUGACAGAAGGGUGGUCCGAGGCAAUACUUAUGCUCUACACACAGGACCGCUGCCUGGGCAGCCUGAUCCUAUAGAAAUUCAGAGACAGCAACAGGCUAAGAGGAGGGCUCUUGCCAAAAAACGAGCUCAAGAACAGUUCAGACCACGAACACCCGAGCCCGUGGAAGGCAGAAAGCACGUGGAUGUGCAGACAGAAAUGUACCUUGAAGAAAUUGCUGACCGUAUAAUAGAAGUUGAUGUGGAAUGCCAAACAGAUGCAUUUUUGGACAGACCACCAACACCACUCUUUAUUCCUGCCAAAACUGGCAAAGAUGUGGCCACCCAAAUACUAGAAGGAGAGCUCUUUGACUUUGAUCUUGAAGUUAAACCAAUGUUAGAAGUUCUGGUGGGAAAGACCAUUGAGCAGUCUCUUUUGGAAGUAAUGGAAGAAGAAGAGUUGGCUAACCUGCGGGCCAGUCAGUAUGCGUAUGAAGAGUUACGCAACGUCGAACUUGCUGAAGUCCAGCGACUUGCAGAGCAAGAGAAACGACACAGAGAGGAAAAAGAGCGCCGGAAGCAACAGCAGUGGGAGGUGGUGUACAAACACAGCGAGACGGCGCAGAAAGUGGCGGCGCGCGUGUUCGCCCAGCGGUACCUGGCCGACCUGCUCCCCUCGGUGUUCGACAGCCUCCGGGACGGCGGCUACUUCUACGACCCCGUUGAAAGAGAUAUUGAAAUAGGAUUCCUUCCAUGGCUAAUGAAUGAAGUUGACAAAACCAUGGAAUACAGUAUGGUGGGAAGAACAGUGCUUGACAUGUUGAUUCGUGAGGUGGUUGAGAAGAGACUGGCUGCGUAUGAGCAGAGGGACGACCAGCCCCCGGCCAGGAAGCCUAAGGACGAGCUCGGGGGGUCCGGGAGGACGACAGAACCACCAGUGGGUUAUGAACUCCAGGAACAAAGCACAGCACAGCCACAGAGGCCACUUCUGGGAAGAGACUCCCUGCAAAGAACACCAGAUGAUGGAAGGUAUAUGGAGAGUGUGUUAGCCCAAGAAACGAAGCUUAUGGAAGAAGGAGAGUAUGAGCAAAUAAAAAUAAGGAAAACCUCGGGGACAGAAGUGCUACAACCAAGGGGAGACUUCCAGCCAUGA